UUAUUAUCAAGUGAAAAGUUGAAAAUUCCACAGUUUUUAUCAUUCUAAUCAUUAAACUAUUCUUGAAGCUUUGUUUAUUAUCUUUUUGUACGCCAGGAGCGUUAUCGCCAAACCAAACAACCAGGGCCAAUUACGAAAUAUGAGUAGCAGGGAACAAUCUGUGCUAUUAGUGUUAUCAACAAAAGGAUCCAUUUAAUGUGUGCCCACAGGUUUUUAGUUGGGUAAUUGUUUUAAUUCCCCCCCCAAAAUUGUCAAAUUUUAUCGCGCGAUGUUCGUUAAGCCAGAAGAAGUACUUAUAGCCAACGCUUUUUGGGAAACUGAGGAAACUUCUCUAUACUUUGUCCUGCAACACAGAAAAGGCCAUGGGACGGUUAAAGGACUUUCCUCGUUGCUUGUGGGGACAAUGGACAGCAUUUUUGACACCAAACCGGCCCCUUAUAGGAUCUUACACCAAACACCUAGCUCGGAGGUCUAUUAUUUGGUGGCAUGUGGUAUGACCCGUCACGAGAUCCUACAGGACUGGGAAUGGUUAUUCACCAACGUCUGCGAAACGUUACAUUCCUUUGAAAGCGAGGAGGACAUCACCGAGUUUGUCAGUUGUAAAAUCGAGUCAGUGAUUGCCUCCAAACAGGAGGCGGAAGUAGAAGAUGAGGACUCGAAGUCUUUUAAAUUAACUUCCGAUAAGUUCCAAAGGUUAUUCGGGCUCCCGAAGGACGAGAAGCUGGUGAAUUAUUACUCUUGCAGUUAUUGGAAAGGGAAAUUGCCACGGCAAGGCUGGAUGUACUUAUCGAUAAAUUAUUGUUGCUUUCACGCGUUUAUUUUGGGAACAGACACUAAGGUCUGCAUAAGGUGGUCCGAAGUGACUGGACUAAGCAAGAAAAACAGCAUGUUAUUCCCGGACUCCAUUGAAAUCGUUACGCGGGAAAAAGAGUAUCACUUUAGUAUGUUUUUAAAUAAAGGGGAGACUUAUGGGCUUAUGGAACAGCUGGUGGACUUGGCGGUCAAAAGGCUUAUAGAUGAUAAAAAGAGCUUUAGGGAGGACAAGGAGCUUUUAAACAAGCUCAGCAAAAAUGUGCCCAAAAAACCCUCGUUUCUGAAAAGGGACUUGGAUGCCCGAGCUCAAUCUGAAGCUUAUAGAAUGAUGUUCCGGUUACCGUCCAGUGAAAAACUGGAUGGCUCAAUAGAUUGCACCCUGAUGACCCCUUAUAACAGGAAAAACGUCGCCGGGAGACUGUUUUUGUCCCAGAAUUAUAUUUGUUUCGAGAGCAGGCCGGUUUUACAGGUCAGGGCUCAGGUGAGCGUCGUGAUUCCACUCAGGGACGUGAUAGUUGCCGAAAAAAUCGAAAGUAACGGCGCCAGUUUGGAGAAGGCGAUCAUCGUUACCGCAGGGAAUUCGAUUAAUAAGACGAACUUUAUUUUUUCCCAAAUAUUGGAUCGGGAUUUCGUGGUGGACAAGUUGUCCGAGCUGCUGUCCAGGACGCAAGAACUGAAAGACUUUAAAUCAGACAAAUCCAGUAACAACGACCACGUCGACGAGCCAGAAUGGAACCCCCAGAAAGCACUGAUGAACAGAUUCCCUCUCAGUCCGAUCCCGGAAGUAGGAAAGAGACAACAACAGAAAUCGAUGCGUUGGGAGGAGCAUUUUAACACUUACGGCCGCGGCGUUUCCAUGUACCGCACCACCGAGGUGGCCAAGUUAGUCCUCGAGGGAAUCCCCGACCAUUUACGUAUGGAAAUAUGGAUGUGCUUCUCUGGUGCUUUAAAUGUCAAAGCCGCCCAUCCCGGGUACUAUAGGUCGCUUGUCGAUAAAGCUUUAAGGCAACAUUCGACUGCUAAUGACGAAAUUGAGCGGGAUCUUCACAGAUCAUUACCGGAACACCCCGCCUUUCAAAACGAAAUAGGCAUAGACGCCUUAAGACGGGUGUUAUGCGCUUAUGCAGUACAUAAUCCGAGUAUCGGGUACUGUCAGGCGAUGAAUAUCGUCGCGUCGGUGCUGUUGAUUUACUGUAGCGAGGAGGAGGCUUUUUGGCUGUUGGUCACGUUAUGCGAACACUUGCUCCCGGACUAUUAUAAUCAGCGGGUGGUGGGGGCGGUCGUGGACCAGGGGAUUCUGGACGAGCUCACUUUGGCCUAUUUGCCAUGUUUGCACGAUAAAUUGUUGCAGUUAGGUAUGAUGAACAUGAUUUCCCUGUCCUGGUUCCUGACGAUAUUCCUGUGCGUGAUGCCCUACGAAUCAGCUGUAAACGUCAUGGACUGUUUCUUCUAUGACGGGGCCAAGGUGAUCUUCCAGGUGGCCCUGAUGCUCCUCGAAUGGAACCAGGAGCAAUUGCUCCAGUGCAAAGAUGAAGGUGAGGCGAUGCAACUGUUAUCCGACUAUUUGAUGGGGGUGUUUAACGACGAAGGCAGAGGAGCGAUCAGGAACAAGAGUUACGACGAACAAAAACGGACGGUUUCCAUUCAAGUGUUGGUGUACGAGGCGUAUAGGAAGUACGGUUUCCUCACCACCGGACAAAUCGAGCGGCUUAGGCUGAAACACCGUCUAAAAGUGGUGCAGGAGCUUGAGGACACCUGCGAGAGAAACGUCCUGAGGUGCGUCACGAGCGACGGCUAUUUUACCAAAGAGGAACUACAGGAUCUACUGAGCCUAGUCAGAGAAGAGAUUAUUUCCCAAAAAAAGACGAUCCCCGAUAAACACGACCCCAGUCUACAACCCUACGAGGUCUACAAGGUGGACUUCGACUACUUUAAAAUCCUGUUCGCCGCCUUAUCCCCUUGGGGCAAAGGAGAAACGGCCGAAUCUCUAGCCGCCCGAAUAUUCAACCUCAUGGACUGCAACAGAGACGGCUAUUUGAACUUUAGGGAGUUGGCCGCCGCUUUGGGGCUCACGUCGACCGCGGAGGCUGCGCAACGCUUAAAAUUACUCUACACGAUCCAUUUGCCGCCUUUACUUUGCAUGUCCGACAUCGAGUCGCCGGUAAAACACGAAUCCGGCGCGGAAAUCGCUUCGGAGGCGACCGAUUUUUUCAGUAGCGUCGAGAAAAGCGUCGACGGGUUGGUAAUUGGGGACGCCACGUCACCGUUGAGUCCUGUGGGAGGUCCUGGAACGUUCCAGUGGCAAAAAAGCGUAAACUCCCAAUCGUCCCUGGACAUUUCAAUAGGGAGCCAGUCGAGCCUCGGCACCGAGCAAUCCAGAGGAGGAGAUUGGGAGAGUAAAAGUCUGAACAACUUACGCACCCUGGUGCAAUCGAAAGACAACAAAACGAACCUAAAAUCGGUACCCAGGAUGCCCCAGACCCACUUUAUCACCAUGUGGAAAACCGUUUAUGACAUUUUCCAAGCGGAACCCGAGGAAUUGGAUACUUACCAUGCCAUAGCCAAUGUGGGGACGUUAUUGUUAGAGCUGGGAGACGUGGGAAAGCAGUUCUUCGUCUCGAGAGAUGAGAGUGAGGACAGUUUGGUGUCUGCUGCGGUGGCCGCUUGCGCACAGAGCCCCCUAUCGAUCGAGAGUCCGGAUAAAAACGGGAAUCCUUCCACUCCGAAAAUGGAGAUCCAGUGGUACAUCACGGUGGAACAAUUCCUGGCCAGUAUAUUAAACGCGCAACCUCUGGUCGAUUUUUUCUCAAAACGUUCCUCGAUUAGCGAAAAUAUUAAACUCUUAAAGGGGAAAAGGGUGAACAGGUUCAGCUCGAUGACCGAGAGUCCUGCCGCCAUUAAAGUUUGAAUACGCUUAAUGUGAGCUUUUCAUAAUUUUAUAGUUAGAGCGAAUAUAUUUUUUUAAUAUCUAGUUUAAUGUGCAAUAUUUGAUGGUGUAAAAAGAGAAAUAUGGUUCUUAAAAUGCAGUAUUUUCGCCCUUCUUUAUAUUGUCUUUUUUUUACUGUAAAGGACGUUUUGUACCUUAUAUUUUUAGUUUUAUCGUUGUAAAUGCAAUGUUUUACACGAAAGUCCAUGGUGCCAUUACGCAUUUCUUCUAUUAUUAUUAUUAUUAUUAUUAUUAUUGUUAAUUUCAUAUAAGGAAUAUAAUAUUAUGCAUUUGUUACUUAAA